CAUGUUUAAAUCUCUAUUAUAUGAAAGAAAUAUUUUUAGGCUAAAUUGCAAUUUUUGGUUCUCAAAAGUUAACGUGUGUGUGACGCGUUUGAUCCCAAGUCUUUAAUUUGUUUUAAUAUUUUAUUCAAUUUUUCUUAUUUAUCGUAAAUAAGUUUGACGAUUUAAGUUGAUUGAGUAUUAACGUACCGCCGUGAUGGGUUGUGCUUAGUGUGAGAUUACUGUUUAGCAUCAGAUAAGUGGAACUUAAAAAAACUAUUUUUUUAAAAGCAUCAAAGGUGUGUUGUGUUGCGUUCUCAAAUUACGCUCUUAAUGGGCCCGGGUUUUAAUAAGACCGAACCGAAACCCGACCACGUCCCGAAGAUAUUAUGCACGGUGGUAGUACCGCUUCAACUGGAAGUUACCGACUCUCUUAACGGGGAUGGAGACGGAGCUCGUCUUCCCCGUUACCCACCCGAGCCGCGCACCAAACGGCGCCGUCCCCUCGCCGGCGUUACCCGACCUCGCCGCCGCGCUCCACCGCGCAUCCCUCGCCGCCACCGCCAUCGUCUCCUCCCCCUCCGCCUCCCCAUCCGCCGCGGCGAUCUCCGCCCUCCGCGACGCCCAUGGCGCGAUCGGCUCCUUCCUCGCCAUCCUCGACCCCUCCCCUCCCCUCUCUUCCACAUCCCUCGGAGGAGGCGGCGGAGAUGAGCCCAUGGAGGAGGAGGAGGAGGUGUUGAGGGGCGUAGAGGAGGUGGAGGAGGGGAUGAGGGAGUGCGUCCUCCAGAGCAAGCGGCAGAAGCGCCACGCGUCGCCGUCGUGGCCCCUCGGCGGCGCCGCCACCGCCACCGCCACCGCCGCCGCCGCCGCCGAGCGCGCGGCGGAGGAGGAAGAGGAGAAGGAGGUCUCGUUCGUGCGCCCCGCCUAUCGCUUCCCACGCCGCUCCUCGAUCGACCUCGUCUUCCAAUUCCAUGCUUGAGGCCUCGACAUCAUCAGAAGCUUCGAGAAGAUUAAUGCUGGGCCAUUAAUUUGGAACCAUUGCUCAAACAAGUGGGUGGUGAUAGGGAGCAUGUAUUGAAAUACUUCCUUAGAUGCCAAGUGAGAAUAUUCUUAAUACCAUAUGUAGAGGAAGUAGUGUGAUUACUAUAUCUGUGUAUGCCAAUUUGAUUUUGAACUUCAUUACUCUCAAUAAUUUUAGAAUGUUGAGAUAACUAGAAGGAACAAGUGGCAAAGUGCCAUAUUGAUUUUUUUUUUCUUUUUCUUUUA